ACGACUUUAACUGUCGUCGCAUAUUACUAGCGUCAUCACUUUCCGCUCCCAGGAUCGGUCUUGACUACACGUGUGGUUUUUAUAAACGUUUACCCAUGGCAGGCUCAUUUUCUCAGGAGUUAGAGGAUUUGUUGAAUCCUUUGCCUAAAUUUGCUGAUCCAGAGGAUGACGAUGACGUGACUAAAGCCAAAGUGAUAGAAAGAUUCAACGAGGACGACGAUGAAGAUGAGGGCCAAAGUGCAUUGCGGAAGCACAAUACAUCUCUUCUCUCAGAAACGGACAGACGGUAUGUGGGGAAAACAGUCUCUCGUAAACAGCUGUUGAUGGAUAUUGAUGAAUCUGGAGAGGAGGAGGGCAGCAUAGAAGAGCAAGAUGAAGAAGAGGAUUCUUUAGGGGAUGAAGAAGCGGAUGAUGAUGAAAAUGAGGAGGAGUUGGUGGGCAGUAAUGCACAACUAGGUGCUCAACUGGCCUUUCCUCAGGGAGUGGAUUUCCACAAACUGACAGAGGGCAUGGAUGACCUGGGAGUGAGUGAAGAUGAUGACAGUGGCGAGGAGACUGAAAGCAGUGAUGAAGAUGACGACGAGACGGAAGACAAUGAUGAUGAUGAUGAAGAAGACGAGGAGGAUGAGGGAGCUGUCCGCACAUUUUCUCAAGAGAAAGUAGACGAAGAGGUUGAGAAAGGGAAUGCUGUGAAGAACCAGCUGGCCCUGUGGGACCAACUGCUUGAGGGUCGAAUCAAAAUACAGAAAGCUCUGGUGACUGCCAACCAGCUUCCACAGCCGCUGACCUUCCCAGAGUUCAAGAGGAGAGGUGGAGCCGAGCUUGCGGGGGAGCUGAAAAACACCCACAAAGCUUUGAAAGCUCUUCAAAGAUCCCUCCUUGAGCUUCACGAUCAGACGCUGUAUCAGAAUGCAAACACGAGGAGCCUCACUCAAGGGAAGACAAAAGCUCAGGGUGAACAUGAGGAGCUAAACGGUUACGAUAAUGAGGAUGAAAAAGGGUCUGUGCAGGAAGACGGCGCACCUAAACGAAAACUAGAGAUGGCAGAGUACCCGGACUUCAUGGCCAAACGGUUUGCUGCUUUCCAGCCUUAUUGUAACAUCACGUUGCAAAAGUGGCAUGAUAAAACCAGACUGACUAUGGGCAAAAGCAGCAAGGGUUUUGGGGCGUUCGACAGAAACAUAUUGACCCAGGUGGAGCAGGUGAUGAUGGACAAGGAAAGGCUGGUGCGACGCACCCAGACCCGACGCUCAGAGUACAGAGUCCUGGGAAAAAAAGAGGCCUCCGUUUUCACAUCUGAAACUGUCUCCACAGAGGGAGAGGAGUUGGAACAGCUGAAAGCAAACCCACAUCUAAAGGAUCUGGACGAGGAUAUAUUUGAUGAUGAUGAUUUCUACCACCAACUUCUAAGAGAGCUGAUUGAACGCAAGACAAGUGCAGCUGACCCCAAUGAUCAGGUGGCUAUGGGCAGGCAGUGGCUGGCCAUCCAGAAAUUGCGCAGCAAGAUCAAGAAGAAGGUAGAUACCAAAGCCAGCAAGGGCCGUAAAGUCAGAUUCCACAUCCACAGUAAGCUGGUCAAUUUUAUGGCUCCUAUUGACCACAGCUCAGUGAGUGACGAUGCACGCAAUGAACUGUAUCGUGGCCUCUUUGGUCAGAACUCCACAAUCAGGGAGUGAUGUGAAGGAGAGACUGUGGGGGCACAUGCCGAAGUUUUAGGAUGUAAACAAAGCAGUGCCUUUUCUUCACUCUUGAAUGUCACAGAGUAGCGGUUUGUGUUAGGACAGAAACUGGUCCUGCUUUUUGGCAUGAGAAGCAUGUAACAUUUUCAGUAUGUCUUGUUGCCUGAGCCAUGAGAAUUUUUUGAUAAAACAUGCAAUACAUGAGUGUUUCCAACAAAACAAAAAGCCUAAUGACUGUUAAGUGGAUUUAAAGAAAAACAAAGUAUAUAUUUUUUCUUCUAUCACCAAGUUUCAUAUGAUUCAAGUAAAGUGUGCACUUCAAAUUGUAUGGCCUUUUUUAAAAAGUGAACUGUACUUACUUAUGUGUCCCAAUUCCAUACAACAUGGAAAUUGUAUAGCAUACUGUUUUUCCAGUAACUAUACAAGAUUCAACAAAUUCCACUGCUUUAACGGGGCACGAUUUAUAAAAAAAAACCAGCAUUUUUAGAAUGGACCUUAUUGGCAGUGACAAACAUCAACAUUUUCCAAAAAAUGUAGUUUAAGUUUUUCACUAUAACAAUUAAAAAAAAAAGAAGCAGUCAAACAUAGAUAUUUUAAUUGAAAAGAAAUACUGGAUAUGGCUUUUUCAUAGCAGAAAUUAUGACUUUACAUACACUGUGUUCAAGUCUUAUUACUUAAACUUAGUGUGGAACAAGCCAAUUUAGGCUGUUUAUCUAAUCAUUGCCUGCACCCCCAAAUUUCCACAAAAAAACAAAGAGGAUAUGACCAAAUGUUGCUACAGCCUCAUUGCCACUACAUUACUCCACAGUAUUUGGAAGUUAAAAGCAAGUUAAAUGUUCAACCUUACAAUAUAGCACCAAGCAUGUGGCAUUUCUCUUUUUGUCUAGAUUUAGAGUUAAAUAAAAAACAACAAAUGUCUUCACAACAAAUGUAUAUUUUUUUUAGAUCAAAUACAAGAAUUUGGAAGUGACAGAUGGGUCACUUGGGGCAAACAGUACCUGAGAACUUUAUCAUGUGAAAAAAGUAUGCAGGAAGAAAACUCCAUUAAACAUCAUUUACAGAUCAA